UUAACCGUCAAAGAAGGUGUUGAAAUUCAAGCACAAAAUGAUAAAGGCCUUUAUACACUUCGUAUACCUCAAGUUGAUACAACUAAACAUAUGGGUACCAUCCUAUGUCGUGCAGAAAAUGCUAUUGGUACAACUGAACAUCCAGUCCAUUUAAAUGUUACAACAGCUCCAACAUUAAAAGCACAAUUGAAAGAUCUUGAAGUAUUACGAGGACAAGAUGCAAUAUUUACUGUUGAUGUUCAAGGAUAUCCAAUACCAGAUAUAAUUUGGAGUCGUGUUGAUAAAGUUCUUGAAGAACAAAAUGAAAUAAUCUCAUUUUCCGAUGAUCGUAAACAAUUAACAAUACGUAAUGUACAAAUUGAAAAUGAAGAUGAAUAUAAUGUACGAAUAGUUAAUGAGUUUGGUGAAAUAACAAGUAAAGCUAAAUUAAGUGUAUUAGAACUUCCCGAAAUUCAACCGUUAUUAGAAGAUAAAAGUAUUCAAAUUCGUCAACAAAUUGAAUAUUCAACAACAAUUACUGGACGACCAUUACCAGAAAUUCAAUGGUUAAAAAAUCAAAAACCCUUGAAUGCAUCACCACCACAUAUUAAUAUUGAGACAAUUGAAGAAGAUGUUAUCAAAACCACACUUCGUAUUGAUAAUAUACAAUCUGAUGAUGAUGGUACAUAUGCAAUACGUGUUAAAAAUCGUGCUGGACAAAAAGAAUCAUCAUCAAAAUUAAAUGUCCUAGCUAAAUUAACAUUUAUUAAAAAAAUUCAAGAUGAAAAUGUUAUUCAAGGACAACCAAUUUCAUUUCAAUGUCAAAUAGAAGCAAUACCAAAACCAAAAGUAACAUUCUAUUUAAAUGAUCAAGAAUUAAAAUCAGGAGGAAAAAUUAAAAUUGAAUCAAAAGGCGAUUUAAAUACAUUAUCAUUUUCAAAAGUUGAUUUAGUUGAUAGUGGAAUAAUUAAAGCUAUGGCUGAUAAUGGUUUGGAUAAAGAAGAAAUAAGUGCAAAAUUAAGUGUUUGCUUGAAACCAAGUCUUGUUGGAAAACCAACUGAUGCUCAAGUAUCAAUUGGACAACCAGCAAGAUUACAAUGUGCUUUUACUGGUUUACCAAUGCCAGAAUUGAAAUGGUCACGUGUUGAUGGACAACCAUUACACGAAGGAAUUGAAAUAGCUAAUGAUGAAAAUCAAGGCAUAGCAGCUUUAGUUUUUAAUGCAACUACAAUGACUGAUAAAGGAGCAUAUCUCGUUAAAGCAACAAAUGUUGUUGGAUCUGUUGAACAAAAAGUUAAUCUUGAUGUUAAAGAAAUUAAACCAACAAUUAUUCGGGAUCUUGAAGCAGCUAUCAAUGCUACAAAAGGGGAACCAAUGACAUUAACUAUCGAAGCAACUGGUAAUCCAAAACCAACAGUUCGAUUUUUCCGUGGUGCAGAUGAACUCGUUGCUACUGAAGGUCAAAUUGAAAUUAAAGAAUCCGAAGAUGGUCAAACAUUCACAGCUACUAUUCUUAGUAUGCAACCAAAUCAACAAGGUGAUUAUACAGCAACUGUUCAAAAUACAGGUGGAAUGGCAAAGAGUAAAAAAUGUAAAGUUACUGUUACAAGUAAGUCUUUCAUUUUUUGUUAUUUUGUUAAUCACAAGAAAAAAA